CUCAAAGCCCACUUUGAUGCUCUCCUCAUGAUCAUGAUUAUGUUCUUGUUCUCUCAAUAUAUAUAUAUAUAUAAGAAGGGGAUUGUGUCAUUUGGGUUUGGUUUAGUUGUUCUUGUUGUUUGUUUAUUCUUCUCAUUCAUUCUUCCCAAGUCUCCACCUUUUGUGUUGUGUGCAUAAUUAAAACCUUUUUUUUGUUAUAAUUUUUGAGUUGGGUUUCUCUGGUUAUAUAGAUUAUGGCACAAUUACCUCCCAAAAUCCCAAAUUGGCCUGAUUUUUCUCACCAAAGAAUGCCUUCAAUGGGUGCAUUACCACCCAAUAAUCCAUCCGCCGCCGCCGCCGCCGCGCAAAACCCUUCAUGGGUGGACGAAUUCCUCGACUUCUCGUCGGCGAGACGCGGGUCCCACCGGCGAUCCGCCAGCGACUCCAUUGCCUUCCUUGAGGCUCCAAUGCUCGACGAAUGUCGCCGCGGCGGCGCACCAAAUCAUCCUCCGGGGAAUUCUAAUAAUCACAACGGUCAUCAUGAGUUUGAUAAAUUUGAUGAUGAGCAAUUCAUGUCAAUGUUCAACGAUGAUUUGUCCGGUGCUGUGGCCCACACUGUGUCUUCGUCGAACCCGUCCUCACCGUCCGAUAUGAAUAGUAUUAAUGAUGAGAAGGAAACUACAACGUCCGAUCAAAAGCACCAAAUAAGGAUUAACGAAUCCGAUGAGGUGCAGAGCCAAGAGGAGUCCGAGACACUGGAGACACCAACAGCUUCAAAUGAUCGAAUUAUCGACCCUAAAAGAGUCAAGAGAAUCUUGGCAAAUAGACAGUCUGCGCAAAGAUCAAGGGUGAGGAAGCUACAAUAUAUAUCAGAACUUGAACGAAGUGUAACAUCAUUACAAGCUGAAGUUUCUGUGUUGUCACCAAGAGUCGCAUUUUUGGAUCAUCAACGCUUGCUUCUGAAUGUUGAUAAUAGUGCUCUUAAGCAAAGAAUUGCUGCCUUGGCUCAAGAUAAGAUCUUCAAAGAUGCUCAUCAAGAAGCACUGAAGAGGGAAAUAGAGAGACUGAGGCAGGUGUACCACCAACAGAACCUCGAGAAGAUAGAAAAUGGAGGAGGACUAUCCCCAGCAGCAACUGAGUCCAAGUCUCAUAAUACUGAUAAGAAAGAUCAACGGCUUCUCCAAGUUUGACUCCAAUCCGAUGAAUAAUAUUAUUCUCUAAAUUAAGUUGACUAAUAAAUAUGAUUUAUUUGUUGAAGUAGAGAUGUGGGUUCAAAGCAAAAUUUGAUUUUAAUUAGGAUGAAAAUCAUUGAAAAGC